AUGAAGACAGUAGUUCGAAACCAACGAAGCUUCGAAACCAAAUUAAUGAUGAAUAGGGAAACAGAAUCAAACUCAAAGUGUAAGGCGCCGGGGAAGUUCUUAGACAACCUGCCGGAGACCUCGGUAAUCGUGUGCUUCCAUAAUGAGGCGUGGUCAGUGCUGCUGAGAACCGUCCACUCCAUCCUCGACCGCUCCCCACCGCAGUUCCUCAAGGAGAUCAUCUUAGUCGACGAUAAUUCUGACAUGCCUCACCUAAUGCAACAGCUGGAGGACUACAUGGCCCAAUACCCUAAGGUCAGGAUCGUCAGGGCCCCGAAACGCGAGGGACUGAUCCGGGCCAGACUGAUGGGGGCUCGUCACGCCACUGCUCCAGUCCUCACCUUCCUCGACUCCCACUGCGAGUGUACAACAGGUUGGCUGGAGCCCCUGCUGGUGCGCAUCGCCGUAGAACCUCAAACAGUCGUCUGCCCAGUCAUCGACGUGAUCUCCGACGACAGCUUCGAGUACCACUACCGUGACUCCUCAGGGGUCAAUGUGGGUGGCUUCGACUGGAACCUGCAGUUCAAUUGGCACGCCAUACCCAGCAAAAGACGCAGCAGACAUCAACACCCUGCCGAGCCUGUACGGUCACCCACCAUGGCUGGGGGGCUGUUCUCCAUCGACAAGGCCUUCUUUGAAAGACGGUUUACCUAUGAUUCAGGAUUUGAUAUCUGGGGAGGAGAGAACCUGGAGUUGUCCUUUAAGACGUGGAUGUGUGGCGGUACCCUGGAGAUUGUCCCGUGUUCACAUGUUGGCCACAUCUUCAGGAAAAGAUCAUACAAGUGGCGGUCCGGGGUCAACGUUUUAAAGAGAAACUCCAUCCGUCUAGCAGAAGUCUGGCUGGAUGAAUACAAGAAAUAUUACUAUGAGCGGAUUGGAUAUGAUCUGGGAGACUUUGGGGACGUCAGUGACAGGAAGAAAUUGAGGGAUGGACUCAGCUGCAAGUCCUUCAAGUGGUACUUAGAAAUCUAUCCUGAGCUCUUCGUCCCAGGUGACGCAGUGGCUUCAGGAGAGGUUCGCAACAUGGGCGCAGGCGGGUCUACCUGCCUUCUCUCACCUGCACGCAGGGCUAACUUGCACAAAGCUGUGGGCCUCUACCCAUGUCACAAGCAAGGGGGUAACCAGUAUUGGAUGUUGAGUAAGGAGGGAGAAAUCCGCCGCGAUGAAGCGUGUAUGGACUAUGCUGGGUCUGACGUCAUUCUGUAUCCCUGCCACGGGUCUAAAGGCAACCAAUACUGGGAGUACAGUCCAGAGACAAGCCGUAUUACACACGGCAGCAGCAAGAAGUGUCUUGCCAUAUCUCAGGACAGGAAGAAGCUGGUCAUGGAGGACUGCAACUUGGCUGAGUCAAGACAAAAAUGGAAAUUUGAAAAUUAUGAUCCUAGCAAAAAACUAUGAAGUCUGGUCUGAUUUUAAAGUAAACCUUGUUUUUGUUUGCAUAUUUUUCAAGUGCCUCUGUGUAUUUCUUUUAUAUAAUAAUAAAAAAAUAAGGGAAAGAAUGCUAAGUUGAGUGAUUUGUGAAGACUGAGUUUUGUGCUGGUUGAUGAGGACUUAUACCUUCAUGGUUUUUCUUCCUUAGCAGCAGACAUUAUUUUUACCAGUUAAUAUCGCUGGUGAUUACAUAUUUCAGUGUGCCCAAUAGGUGACCGACUCUUCUUGUGCUGAGAAACAGUAAAGCUUAUUGUAAACUGAAAUAAUUAACUUUACUGAUAAUGCACUUGCUGCAUCCAUCUGCUACAGUAGUUAGUAAAGGUUGUGAUUAGAAGAAUCUUCCUUUAGCUUUAUAUAGUGUAAUUGGUCUUGAGUGAUGACGCUGGAAAUCACAGAUACCUCGGUGGUGGAACUGUGGAGUGCGACUUAUGAACAGCUAGUUUCAAAAAUUAUUAUUUUUAUACGAACUCGAUGGUUAGAUUUGCAAUUAUUGUUUGACGGUAGUUUAAAUGUUGAGUUAAAUUAUGAUCAUGUGAAUGGUGACAUUGUACAGUGAUUAAUUUAUGACUGAACAGACCGUGGAAAUAAUUAACGAAUUAAAAAAAAAUCGAAAAAAUGAAGCUUAUGACAAGUAGUUAAGAAAAUAUAGUGAUUGGGACAAAAAUAUCGUAGUUUUAAGAUCAGUUUCAUAUUUACUUAACAUUUAUAAAAUAUAAUGAAUUUUAAGGGCAAAUAUAUAUGUGUACAGUUCAUAGACUGAUACAGUGUUGCUGAAACUUGAUGGAAGAAUUGGUGUAGAUGAGAGUGCAAGUUAUUUUUUCUUAAGUCCAAAUGGCAUAAAAUGAUUUGUCCUGAUGACUGUUUGUCAUGUGUGCCUCUCAUAACUUUGCCAGAGUAUUUGAAACAUUAUCAUUGAUAGCUUAAAUCAGUAUGAGAAGAACUUAUGAAAUUACCCAUUGCUCUUCAAAAUGUACCUUACUCAAGCUAUCAGUGACAGUGUUAAAAUAAACUGAGUCAUUGACCAAUGGUAUUAUGAAUGUGUCCUCAGUGUAAAGGAACUGAACCUUAUUACUUAGAAAUAUGUAGUUACCUCAUUAAGUUUGUUUUUCGUAACUCCAGUACUGGUUACUGAAGUUGUGGCCUCUUUUUUAUAUAUUGGUGCUUGGGAACUACUAGGUGCCCCAGACAUUUGGUCCCAUAAGGUUUUAAACAUUAUGUCUGUAAAUGUUGAAAAUACAUACAUGAUAACUGUUGGCCAAUGUUGCUUCUUGUAAAUGAGGUGUAAACAUUGGCAAGUACUGAGAGAUUCUAACGAUUAUAAGUCAAUGGUAAAUGACCUAAACAUUUUCAUUUCCGACUACAGUAAUAUCGAUAUCUCAUCCUCCAAAAGAGUCAACAUAGGUCUACAAUUGUAUGAUGUGCACUUUGAGUAUUUAUUGACACAUUGUUAAUGCCCACUGGAGCUAGACAUCUGGGCUACCCUGUACAUCAGUAUCUUAGGGAUAAAAGGGCAAUGAUAGACCCAGGGGAACACAGUCAUGCCCAUUGGAAUUCCUGAUUAUUCUUGUAUUUCCAACUUCACAUGCUUUUUAUGCGAUGGAUACAGUAUACUGGAGUGUUAUCCUCAGUAUAUUGUGUAUGAUUUGUAUCUGAAUUAUCCUUCAGUGUGUAAGGAAGUUGGAGAAUAUUUUCAUGGUUUAGUAAGAUGGCAGUAAACUGGUUGUAGGGUCCUUACCAGGGUAUCUAUAACAAUUUGAAAAUAUAACACAAUUCGGAUUUUUAACUUUGUCAUGAGUUAGUGUUUAAAGUUAUAUCUGAGGGAGCCAGUAGUGCACCCAGUCUAUUGUUGAGAGUACUCAAGGGUGUACUGUAAUGAACUGUACCAGGAAGGAAUUGAAUCCUCCACUUUAUUUUGUGGUAAUUUUUAAGACUUCAGGCUAUGCGAUGUGUCUUCUGUUUAUGGGCCAUGCAAACAGUGUCUUAUAUCACAAGGACCAUGGAAACUGCCAUUUUCUCAUAAUUCAGAUAUUCACCAUGAGUAUUUUGAUUACUUGUUGAAAUAUUGUGUCAAAAUACAGCCACUCACUUGAGCACGACUCCCCUGGAUCUACCCUUGACUACAUUAUUAAUGAUUUUGUAAUUAUUCAGAUGAAUCAUUAUAAGAGUAAUUAGUGCACAAACAUAUUGAGGCCAUUUUCCACUAUGUGGGAAUACAAAUGAAGAGAGAAAGAAUGUUAUGGGACACAAAUUGAAGUUAGGAUGUAUUGUGACAUAUUUUAUACUGGUUACAUUGUCUAUGAUAUUAGGCUCUACAGUACACUUUAUUUUUCUCUCUCCCUCCCUGCCUCCCUCCUUGCUACAGUUAACUUAUGUACAUUCACUCACUUAAGUGCCAGUGUACCAAAUUACAUCAAGUACACUGGAAAUUUGACCCUGUUAAAUACACUGUUGAAAAAGUACCCAAAACCAUUUCCUAUAUUAUUGUUAACUUAUUCCCAUUACUUUUAGUUUUUUACUUUUAUCCUCUUCACCACUGAUCUGCUCGCCAGCCUCUUGGGCGAUCAGUAACGUCUCUUACUUUUCCUUUUCUCUUAUCAUAGUUCCCCUUUGAAGAAACUUUUGGUUUCACUACUAGUUGCCAAAUUUGGUUAAAGGUAUUUUUACCAAACCUGUAUCAUUAUUUUUUCCUCAUUAUUCUCUCAACUUUUGCAGAAACAUUUGUUAUGAGCUGCCACCCAUUUAUAUCUCAUCUAAUUGUUCAUUUUUUGCUUUAAGUCAUUAUGCUCUCUCAUUUUAUAUCUAUCAUUUCAUGACCUGUACAUUAUCAGACGCACAAUAUCCAGGUUUUAUUUUUGAUUCUUAGGAUUAACGUCUGUCACUUCUUGCGGAGAUGAUGUUGACCUCUAUACCACUGACGCUGACUCAUUAAUGUUCACAAAUUUAUAAGAACUACAAAAAUUAAUAGUUAAAUAUAUAAAACUGUAUAACUAUAGGUAGUCUUUUUCUCCAGCUGUUUGUUGUACUUGGGAUCAUCUGGUUGUACAAUAAAUUAUAAAUAAAACUUUACCAAGAAAAGUCAGGUGACAAAAAUGAAAAUGGUAGAACUUAUUUUCUUUUGCAACUUUAACAAAAGAUUUUUUUUUUUUUUUAAGAUUUAAGAUAAUCUGGUUUAUACACUAGAUAUUGACAAGAAAAUAUACCAUAAUUAGUUGUAUAGUCAGAGUUGAGUUGAUUCAAUAAUAAGUUCAUAAGGGAAAAACCUCAUCUCUCUACAUUUAGGAGUUUACAGAGUUGUUGUUGAAACUGGUACAUGAAGCUGGGUAACCUGUGUUGUUUUAUCUCUAUGCUGUGGGUCUUCAGGUUACAUACAGUACUGUACAUGAACAAUUUUAAGACAAGAAAAUGUUCAGAUAAUAUUUAUACAACUCAUAGACUUUGAAAUUAUUGCAAUGUUUUAGAUGUUUCAUUUGAGACUUAAUGCAAUAAAUUGCACAAUUGGGGUACUUGAUUAUUGAUUUAUUUAGAUGUCAUGUUAUUCAGUUAAAUUUUGCAGUUUGGUUUUGCCUUUACCAUAACAAAACUAAUUGUACAAUGCUGUUACAUUCCAAAUUAUUAUUGCCAUUUCAUGACUACAUUCCAUUGUCAUUCCAAAGUAGUGCUAUAGUAUAUAUAUCUAUAUAUAAUUAUUGAAUUGAUAGUUUUCCAAUAUUGUUAAAAUGUAAAAAUAUUUGACAUAUCAGUCAUUAUUUUGCCAAUGUUGCCACUUUACAUAUCAGUCAUUGAUGAGGUGGAUGCUUCUCAGCUGUUGUUAAGGCUGUGUCAACUGUGUAAUCAUAUUGUAAAUCAUCAGGUAAAUUGUUGCUUAUAUGCCAGUCUUCAAAAGUGGUUACCAGUAGUGUGUUAAUUUCCUCCUUCAUUGCUAGAUGUCCCUCCAUCUAUUUACUGUACCAUUUGCCACACACAAAUGUAGUAGGUUGACAGACAGCCAUUUCCAAAAUCCGAAUUCAUCUUUUGCCUCGACACACACUCACAUUGAACACCCAGCAGCAGAGAUUAAUUUUUGUAUAUAAAUUCUGCUCACUGGUUUGGUUAUCUCAGAAAUGAAGGAGUUACUGGUAUGAUAUACUGUACAUAUAUUCCUAACUUCUAUAUUUUGUAUUGGUUCUUGCUGCUAUGACAGAUGCACCCAUUGUCCAGAUACCCAUUUGAAUUACUCCGGAACUCUCUCGGCCGUAAGAUAAAUUGUUAUUAAGGAAACAUGCAGGUUCUUUGCAUCUUUAUAUUACUAGAUAGGCUUUAAUGUCUACAAUUCCUUAUACAGUAUACGUGAAAUCUAAUUUAAGAUACAGCAUUUUGUCUCUGGUAUCUACAUAUAUGUUUUCCCAUUUUUGUAACCAGUCAAACUGCUUGAAACAUAUAACAAUCAAGUUCUUUAUGUAUAAUGAGUAAUUACAUAUAUUCUACAUUUUUUUUUAAUUAAACAGAAAAAUCUUAACUAGAAAUAAAACUUAAAUUUUUACUAUCACAAAAUAAUAAAAAAAUUUAAAUAGAAUUAUUGUAGAUUAAGGUACAGUCGACCUGUUGGUGUAAUGCUGUAUUAGUUUACAAUACAUAAUACAUUAAUUAAGUGCAGUAAGCAUUUUGUAGCUGAUUUGUCAAUAGAUAAAACAAAAAGAAUAUCCAACACAUGAUAUAGAUUUUUCCUGAAUUGCUAUCUAUGAAUUCUAUCCUCCUGAUUCUGAAGAAAAGUACACUUUUGUGCUGGAUGAAUCAUGGGUUACUGAGACAUUAAAGAAUAUGGGGGGGGUUAAGUGUUAUAAAAUGGGUGUAAAGAGAAACAGAAUGGGUCUGAAACCAUAUAUAUACACACACACUUACUCACACAUACUUUACCCAUUAUGUAAAAGAAAUCCCUCACUUGUUUUUAGAUAGUAUAGACAUAAACUUAAAAGCUCCUGAAUAAAUACCAGAUUGUUAUGUAGAUUACUGUUGGGUGAUAGUCUUAAACACACACACACACACACACAUAUAUUCUCUCUCUCUCUCUCUCUCUCAUGAUGAAUGAUGUUAAGCAACUCUUUGUUUAUCGUACAUCAUGACUCGAAGAACUGCGGUCAAACUAUGUAUCUGUCACCUAGAGAAAACAAAGAGGUACAUCCCCAAAAGUUAUCCAUUAUAUAAAUUUCCUUGUGUUUAUGUUAUUUAUUUUACUCUUUGUGAAGGAGAACUUGGUUGAUUAUUUAUGAUUUCUAUAUAAUAAAAACAGGAGUAGAUUAUCAAAUAUACAGUAAUUCCAUUUAAGUACAGGUACAGGUAGCAAAAUACAGUAUAUGUUCAGUCACCACAUGGUUUAAUCUACAAGCAUAUGAGUUUGAGGACCUAGAAAUUUUAUAUACCAGUAUGUUAAGGUUAAAUUAUUUUCCAUUAGUUUAGUUUCGAGACAAAUUGAGAAAAACAAACCUUACUUCUGAAUGAAAGGCAUAAAGCAACUAUUUAUGGACAUGCUGCUCAAAUGUAUUAGAAUAAGAGUUUGGGCUCUCCUACUAUUUAUUCUUAGCAGUUAAAUACAGGGUUCAUUUUUUUCCUUUACUUGAGAACCCUAAAUGAUUACUAAUGUAUUUUAAGAUGUGCAGUAAACAGGAACCUGAAAAUCUGUAGGGGUAAAGUCUGAACAUUAUGAAAAACAUCUAAGGUUCCUGGUAAUUACACAUCCUGGAAUACAAUAGUAAUCAUUUAGGGUUCUAGAAUAAAAUCAAUUACCUUGUACAAGAUUUUUUUUUUAUUAUUUACUUAUGUAUAAAUUUAGUAAACGAUGUACAGGUAUAUUGAAAAUAAUCCCCUGUAUAAAUAUGAACAUAAUUUCAUAUGAACAUACUGUAUACAUCAAUAUAAUUAUAAAAACUGUAGAUUAGAACGAGUGAAUGAAACGUGUAAAGUAUUUCCAGAGUUGUGUGGUGCAUUUGUUGUGUGUUAAAUUGAAUUAACCAAUUGUUUUCCAGUGUGAAGGGAUGACACUGUAUGGCUGGGUAAAUUGUUCUGCCCACAAUACAUUAAAACCCUACAUGUGUGAUUCCUCAAAGGGUGCCUUAUUAAAACCAUUCCUACUGA